AUUAGAAUCUCUUGCGAAAUCACAUUAGGGUUUUCUCGACUUUUAUCUCGCCGGAGGCUGGCACCUUCUCCUUUCCAACUCCUGGUUGCUAGGUUUCGAUCGCGCCAUGGGAAGAGAGCCGCAGCAGGUCUCCUACACGGUGGAGCAACUCGUAUCCGUAAACCCGUACAACCCUGACAUCCUUACCGAACUCGAGAACUAUGUUAACGAGCAGGUUUCAUCUCAAACGUACAGUUUGGAUGCUAAUCUUUGCCUUCUCCGACUUUAUCAGUUUGAUCCUACUCGAUUAAGUAUUGCAAUUGUAGUUAGAAUUUUGAUCAAGGCGCUUAUGGCUAUGCCAGCCCCAGAUUUUAGCCUUUGUCUCUUCCUUAUUCCUGAGCCAGUGCAAGCAGAUGAACAAAUCAAGACACUGAUUGUCCUUUCUCACUAUCUGGAAACUGCAAGGUUUCGUCAGUUUUGGGAUGAAGCAGCAAAGAACCACAGCUUACUUGAAGUUGUUCCUGGUUUUGAGCAAGCAAUCCAAGCUUAUGCAAUCCAUGUCCUCUCCUUGUCUUACCAAAAAGUGCCAAGGCCUGUACUUGCAGAGACCAUUAACAUUGAAGGUCUUUCACUGGACAAGUUCAUAGAGUACCAUGUGGCUAACAGUGGUUGGGUGCUAGAGAAAGGUACUGGUCGAUCGCAAUUGAUAGUCCUACCACGCAAUGAGUUCAACCACCCAGGGCUAAAGAAGAACUCAUCAGAUGGCAUGCCAUUUGAGCACAUCACACGCAUCUUCCCCGUUCUCAGCUGAAAUAUUAAGGUUUUGAUUACCUUUAAGGAAUCUUCAUGUUCAAGUGUUUGCCUACUUAGUGAUUCUUACAGGAUUUCAUUAGACUCAUGGAACUUUUUUGUUUAAUUUUAUUUCUAUCUAUGUCCGUGCUUGAAGAUUCAAAGUUCCUGAUCUUUCCUUUUACA